AUGUUUGAGCAAGAAAGAGAAAAUUUCGUUAAAGGCGCAGUCACUCGAGCUCCAGGAAAGAGGCAAAUAAAGCCAAGUAUUGCUUUAUUUGAAGCUGAAUUUAAUAAUGGAGUAAUUGACGGUGAUGAUGAUGAAGAUUUGGACUUUACUGCUGAAGAUCACUCUGGUCAUUCCAUGUCUGGGGAGUCUAAUGGUUCUGAAGAAAGUGAGAGUGCUACAGGAUAUGAAAGUGGUUCUGAGGAGUCUGAAAGUGGUAAAUUGAAUGAAGAGGUGAGUGAUGAAAUUGAUAAUAUUCCAAGUACUUCAUCUGGAAAUGUUACAAGUUGUCAAAAUAACUGGUUAAUUGAUAAAAAUGAAGUUUGUUUAUUUAAUUUUAAAUUAUUUUUUUAUAAAAAGAAAUCGCCUCAACUUUGUUCAAUAUGCCUUAAUGAUAAACAAUCUGAAAUUUUUGGAGAUAUAAUUCAAUGUGACAAGUAA